GCCAUUCAUUCAAACCAACGCGAAAAUGAGAACAGUUAGUCCCCUCAGUCUCAGUCCCCAAUAAAAAAGUUAAUUAAUGUUCUUAAAGUAAACAGUGUGUAUCGCAUUGAUUCAUUUUACUUGAAGUAUCCCUUCUAAAGUCUGGCAAGAAGACUCCGAUCGCGCUGCAUCGAUGAGCAAACGUCUAAACAUCUAAGAGACUACUGUAACAAGAGUUACACAGCAGCGAGCUCGCCAUUUUUCGAUGAAAAAUUUAAAACAAUGCUUACAGCCCCUCAGAUACGAGAAGAGGUGUUCAGUUACAGUGCUUUUUACGCGAGUUAAGUUACGAAUCGACACGAGGCCGAAAAGGUUUCGAGCCAAGGACUUCCGGACCACUAAUUACUAAGUUCGUCUCAGUAAUGGAGGAGGGGUUGGGGGGAUCCUUUCAAAACUAUACGGGAGUCAAAAAUGACUGUAACUUAGUGCGUUGUAUUGUAACAAAAAAUGCUUCUCCCCGUAGGUUUUUUGAGUAAUUUUAAGCCCAGCUCUGCCUAAAUAAUACCGAAAAACAACUGCUGGCAUUUUUUUCUGAAGUAUGUCUGAUUGUAGUUUGUAGCAAGUGAUACGCUACAACAACUCCAGGUCAAGAUUAGCCUGCGAGCAGGCUCUCCAUUUAGGGGUUAUCGUGCAAAGUACACGCGCGAGUAGCGCACGAGGGGAGACAAAUAGAGAGCUUGCUCGCAGGCUAGUGCAAGGUAGUUUUGCUUGGUUGUAGUGGUAUUUAUUGCUUUGCAAACAAAUAAAUACUUCGAUCAUAGAUUAAAUAGAUAGAUUUUGUAGUCUGGGAGCCCAUCAUAAGCCAGAGAAUUGAACAUAAUAUGAUUAUUGACCAGCUGACUUGAAUUUCUUUUUAGAUCCUGCCUGGAAUAAAUCUCGUUCUUACAUUUCUAGUACCACACCCUUAUUUUAGGAGUACCCUCCGGUUUUCUGAAAAUUCAGGCUCGGUAUUUCCUGAGUGUGACUUAAAUAACUAGUAUUCAUUUCUGACUCAUCAAAUUACAUUGGAAUGAACAAGGGUGUUUAGAAUCAUGUCGCAAAUUUGUUCUCAAGUUCAGUCGUUUUAUAGCCAAAACCCGGGGAUGAAGCAGUGUUAAGCAAGAACCACUUGUACGGAAAGUUUACCAAAUACGCUUUGAGUAAUGUCAGGUGUACAGAAAUUCUUUCUUGUUAUUAGUGUAUGUUUAUUCACCCCAUCAUGUCAAGGUAAGAACUACAAAAUCAUGUUUUCUCAAAAAUAGUAAACAGGCUCCUAAUUCGCUCUUUUUCGUUGUUUAUUGUUGAAGCAUCAACAUACAUGCGUCAAUAAAGAAGAGACUAAUAACUCAUUGAAAUUGUCCACUAAGCCAAACGGGCGAGCUUGUAAAAAUAUUGAAGGUCGAGAAUUUGGGAUAAGUAUAGUCUUUACGCCAACAUGACGUCUGUUUCCUCCUUCAUAUCAUCUAUAUUAUUAUCGCUACUAAAACGUUCCUUCAAUUUAGGUUUAUUCUGUAGUUCGUUUGGGAAUUUUUACAGAGGAAAUUGUUGACUUUUUGCGCAUUUUGUGCAGUUAAUUGUUGCUUCAGAAUUCAGGCGAGGCUUUUCGGAUGUUUUGAUAAGGUCUUAACCUACCAUCAAAUUCUCGAAAUAAAUAAUAGUUAAGUGUCUAAUGUGAAGGGGUAUAAUAGGGUAGUUUGACAUCGUAAUUUUGAAAAACUGACUAGUAUGUUAAUGAUCAGCAGUAAAUAGAAACCAUUAGCUAGAUAACACUUAUUUAAUCUAUUCUUUGUUGAGUAAAAUUUAACUUCCGCGUUUUUAAGGACUCAGUCUAAUUGCUCGAAUGCAUCUUUAACUGAGGCCCCUCGGUCACUGGCAAGCAAGUAACCAGAAAUACAUUUUCUCUUGCUUUACUCGGUUAUAGAAAUAGGUCAUCGUCCAAAUAAAUUAGAGCCAGUGGGGCUCGGUCAAUAAUCUAGCUCUGUUUGACAUCUUACUUUGUCUCUUUUGUUCAACUGGUUUGUAAUCGGAAACAGCAUGACCUUUGUGGAGCAUAAAAUGAUUCACUCUUUUUGUUUCGGUUCCCUAAUAAAUGCAUAAAAACUGUUUUUGGCAUGUAUCAACACAAUUACGAUUAACAAAAAACUGUGAUACAAUGGAAUCUAGAUAUAACGAAGGGCAUGGCGACUUACAAAAUACGUUCUUGGUUCGCCAUAUCGAGGCUUCUCCUCUUACAAAACCAUUUCACCAGCUACAAAUGAGAGACAAAUUAUAGUGUUGAGACACUUCUAUAAAAUGGCUCCUUUUUUGCACAGUGGACAUACCUUCCCCAUCCCCUUGUGUAUCCCCACCCCUCCCCCAGAAUCAAUGUUGUAUUUAGACCUUCAUGUCUUUCUUUUGCUAAAAACAAGCAACAUUGAGCGGGAGACUGGGGAUUUAGAUUACGGCGUUUAAGCAGAACUAAAUGAUAAAUGAAUGAAAUGCAUGGUAGAUAAAAGCGCGCGUGUUAGACAAGUACAAAGUGUGCCAACUACAUUUGUCCCUAAUUGUACAUGUAGACACUUCCCGAGAGUUAUAUACAGGGACUUUCUCUUUAACUACCCAUUCUUUUCCAUUUCAGUGUAUUUGCUAUGAAGUUUUAUUGGUGUUUUUGUUGUUGCAGUACCAAAUGCUCCACCAGCUAAUGUCAUAGGAAAAAAUGUAACCUCUACCAGCAUUUUUGUACAGUGGGAUGAAGUUCCAGCAAACAAUCAAAAUGGCGCUAUAGUGAACUAUACAGUCACCUACACAGAGUUGCCUAAUGGUAGUCCAACAGCAGAGGUGGUGAUUGCCCCAAAAAGAAAUGCCACAUUGAAAGGUUUGAAAAAAUUUACCAACUACAGGAUUACAGUGUUUGCGUCUACUGCUAAAGGAGGUGGCAAUAGAAGUGAUCCCAUUAUUGUCAUUACAGACGAAGAUAGUAAGUACAAUUCUGGUCUUCAUUAA